CACAAGAAUACUCGCACUGAUUUUCGUAAUCUUUGACAGCAAGGGCUAUUAAAACUACACCGUGCGUUUUUCAAUAAUCUGAAUAAAAAUUUAUUUUAUAACUAAAUUUUAAAAAAUGCUUUCAAGGGUUGCCCUUCUUUCCGCCAAACGGCCCUUAGGAUUAAUUGCGACACGAUAUGCCAGUUCUGGCCCAGAUUCCGAAAGGAUGGUACGUCCCAUUGAACCUGGCAAAGUUCGUUUGGGUUUCAUUCCAGAAGAAUGGUUCACCGCAUUUUACAGCAAAACUGGUGUAACAGGUCCAUAUGUCUUUGGUGUCGGUUUACUCACUUACUUGUGUUCCAAAGAAAUUUACGUUAUGGAACAUGAAUUUUACAGUGGUUUAUCACUUGCAAUUAUGGCAGUAAUCGCUGUAAAAAAAUUAGGUCCAGGCAUAGCAGCAUAUUGUGAUAAAGAAAUCGAUAGGAUUGAAGCUGAAUGGUCUGACGGCCGAAAAGCUGAAUUGCAAGCUCUAGCGGAUGCUAUUGAAGAUGAAAAGAAAGAGCAAUGGCGUGCUGAAGGUGCGCUGCAGUUGAUGGAUGCUAAGCGUGAAAAUGUGGGCUUACAACUUGAAGCUGCUUAUAGAGAACGCAUCAUGAACGUGUACAGAGAAGUUAAAAAACGUUUGGAUUAUCAAGUAGAAUGCCGCCAUGUCGAAAGACGUAUCAGUCAAAAACAUCUUGUACAGUGGGUUGUUGAUAAUGUUUUAAAAUCGAUUACUCCAGCGCAGGAAAAGGAAACUUUAAAUAAAUGUAUUGCAGAUUUAGGGGCAUUGGCAAAUCAAGCUAAAGUAUAAGUUUUUAAUUGUAAUAUUCAAUUGUCUGAUUAAAAUUUAAAUCAGUUCUUAUAAAAUAAAGCUAUUAUAAAUCUA